ACCCAAAAGCCAGCUCCGCGUAGUCCUCGCGGGCUGGAGCCAUGUCCCUUCCGUGACCUUCAGGAAGAAUCGAGGGCCCUGGCCCCGAGGGAGCAACCUCCCACACAUCCACGCACUCUCCCACCCGUGGGGCUGCGGGCGUAACCCGCGUGGCUUUCACAGCCUACCCAGCAGUCCGCUGGAACCCGGGAGCCCUAGGAACCCUGGAGCUGGGGGUUGCUGGAUCCGCCCGAGCCCUUUCUCAGACGCGCAGACCCCGGAAGCAGGGCGUCCGAGGGAGGGCACCGCGGGCCAUGCACAUCCGGGAGCCGAGCCCCGGCAGUUCCUGCCGCCAGGAGGGCGGGCGGGAUAACUCUUCAGGCAGGUCACACACACUAGAGGGAACAGAUCUGUUCAACCCUCAAGCCUGGGUCCGGACGCAUCGCCAGGGACUGAGCUCUGGCUUCAGCCCACUUCAGCUAAAAAUGUGAAGAAAACAUAACUGGUCAAGACAAGAAGAAUCAAAUAGGGUGGCAGUCACAUCUGGGCCAAAGCCACCUUGAGGAGUCAGAGCCCGUGACCAUCUCCACCUGGUUGGAGCCAGUGAUGAUCUUCAGCAGCUGAUAUCACAAGGAAGAUUUAGGGACCUGGGAGCACUCAGGAGAGUCUUUCCCGGAGACAUGGAGCUUGGGGGCCGAAUGCUCUGGGCCCUCCUGUCUGGCCCCGGGAGGAGGGGAGGCACCAGGGGCUGGGCCUUCAGCUCAUGGCAACCCCAUCUGCCUCUGGCUGGGUCAUUGAAUGCCACAGAACUGGUCAGCCACUGGACUGCAGUCUUUGAGAAGAGGGGCAUCCCUGAGGCCCAGGCAUCCAGUGAGUACAUCGUGGCUCAUGUCCUUGGAGCCAAAACAUUUCAGAGCCUGAGACCAGUACUUUGGACCCAGCCCCUGACCUCUUGGCAGCUACAAUGCAUCCAGGAGCUGAGUAGCCGCCGAUUGCAAAGGAUGCCUGUGCAGUACAUCCUUGGCGAGUGGGACUUUCAAGGACUCAGUCUGAAGAUGGCCCCCCCAGUGUUCAUCCCUCGCCCGGAAACAGAGGAGCUGGUUGAAUGGGUGCUGGAGGAGGUAGCCCAGAGUCCCUGUACAGUGGGAGCCCAAGGUGGCCCCCUCAUUCUGGAGGUGGGCUGCGGAUCGGGAGCCAUUGCCCUCAGCCUGCUGAGUCAGCUUCCCCAGAGCCGAGUCAUUGCCGUGGAUAAAGGAGAAGCUGCCAUCUGCCUGACCCAGGAGAAUGCUCAAAGGCUUCGGUUGCUGGACAGAAUUCGGAUCGUCCCCCUCGAUGUGACCUUAGAGGGGAGCUGGGCGCACCUCCUGCCCUGGGGCCCCAUGGACCUGGUCGUCAGCAACCCUCCCUACAUCUUCCACCAAGACAUGGAGCAGCUGGCCCCUGAGAUCCUCAGCUAUGAAGACCCACUAGCCCUGGAUGGUGGGGAGGAGGGCAUGGACAUCAUUACCCACAUCUUGGCCCUGGCACCUUGGCUCCUGAAGGACUCUGGGAGCAUUUUCUUAGAAGUGGACCCAAGACACCCAGAGCUUGUUGGCAGCUGGCUUCAGAGCCGGCCUAACCUGUUCCUUGAUCUCGUGGCUGUGCGCAGGGACUUCUGUGGGAGGCCCCGGUUCCUGCAUAUCCGGAAGUCUGGGCGACAGCGUGGCUGCCCCGCAGAUGCCUGGCCAGGGCCCCAGCCUGCCAGAGUGCCUGGCUGAUAGUUCUGCCUGGAGAGCUACUUGGAGGGAGAAUGAAGCUGGGACUUCCUGUGUGGCUCACGUCUGACCUGACAGCAGCUUUUGCAUACUCUGGCCAGUAGGGAGAAGAAGCCAUGAGGGCCCGGCCGAGCUAGGCAGCUGUCCCAGUUGAGCCAUGGCUGCUAAUGGGCUCAAGUGCACCUGAUCUGUGCGCAGCGGCUGCGCCAGGAGUACAGGCUGUCCUUGGCGGCAGCAGGGGCAGGCGCCAGGUUUCCUGGAGCUCUGGGCUCCAGCCAGCCCCCAGCCAGAGUCUUGGCCAGAAGAACGGCCUGAUCCCUUGUCACUAAUAGAGGCCUGAUCCUCAGUCCUGGAUCGGCCCUCUGGACGGAGCUGGGGACUGUCAAAGCAACCCUACCCCUCCUGUGGCAGAUCGAAACAUGGCCCCAAAGAUGCCUGUGUCCUAAAUCCCCCAACCCUGUGAAUGUGUUGCCUUACACGGCAAAAGGAACUUCGUGGGAUCUUGAGAUGGAAAGAUUAGCCUGGAUUAUUCAAAUGGGCUCAGUUGUAAUCAACAAGUGUCCUCAGAAGAGGCGGGGCCGGACUGUCAGUGAGAGGAGAUGCGAGGGAAGCAGACGUCACGGGCAGCCGGGGGGAAAGGGCCGCGAGCCAAGGAAUGCAGACAGCCGCCAGACACUGGCAAGGGCAAAGAAAUGGAUUCUCCCCUAGAGCCUCAAGAAAGAACAGAAUCCUGCCAGUACCUUGGUUUUCACCUAGUAAAGCUAAUUUUGGAUUUCUGACCUCCAGAACUGUAAGAUGAUAAGUUUGUGUUUGAAGCUGCCGGAUUUGUGGUAACGUGUUAUAGCAGCAACAGGAAACUACUACAGAUGGUAGUACCUGAAGGGAAGCGCUGCCCUAACAGAUACCUGCAAAUGGAAGUAGCUUUGGCAAUGGCCAUGGGCUGGAGGGAGUUUGAGGUGCAUGAUAGAUUGCCUUGAAUACCUCUGCUCGGAGAGCUGGGGUGGCUGCAGUGCCCAGGUGGGGGGUGGGGAACCCUGCUCCAUCUGGAGACCUAGGCUGCCCAGGCCCCCCCAUCCACAGGUCUCACAUACGGUAGAGAGCUGGCCCUUGCAGCGAAAAGACUAGAAGAGUGCUCAGAGUGGGCUCGGGAGAGGCUAACCUGGCACCAGGGGCAGCUAGGGAAUGGGACUGUGAUCAAGGGAGGGGAAGCAAGGCUGGUUUCCACAGUCCAUCGAUGGUGGCCUUCAGAGAGGAUCGCAGAGACUGGAUCUGAGCCUGGUCUUGGCCCCCGUGGAGUCACAUGGCUGGCCCAGCACAUCUUGAGUAUGUGAACUCCCUGGGUUGCAGAUACCAUAUCUGUGAAAUGGGUACAGCAGUCCCUGACCUCAAGCUGAUGGACCUGACCGCUCCAUGUAAGCUGUGGAGGGUUCGGCUUCUUCCAGCCACCAGCCAGUGCUCAGCUCCUGCUACAGGCCCGGACUGGGCUCAGAUAGAGUUAAGUCGUUCCCGGGAUUUUCAGCCUGUGGUUCCCAAAGCUGAAGUGACCAACGAGAGUCCUUGACCCUGUCCCUGUCCAGGCUAGGACCAAGAUUCCACUACAGAUGAAGGGGACUCAGGGGCUCUGGAGGCACCAUCCCACCUGGCCAAGGCCUGGGGCUCCUGAAGCCACAGUCCUAACUCAGGAGCUGCAGGGAGAGCUGCUGGGAGGCCAGACAUGGGCUGGUGUGCCUCAUGGCAGGUCUGAGAAUGUGGAUUCUCCUGAUAUGCUUUGGACGAAGCCCAGAGGGGCCUGAUCGUAAUAGAUGGGGUGGAUUGUAGCAAGACUCAUGUCUACUCCCUGAUCCUCCCUCCUUCUAAACAGAAGGAAGGUUACUCAGGGUCGCAUAGCACUUGCCUCCUGACUCCUGGUGCAGUGCUCUCGGCCUCCAUUGCUGCCAAGGGCCUGUGGUCAUUUACUUGGAUGGUGUGACUCUUUCAUAUGGCUCUUCAGGUAGCUCCUAAGGUCGCUCCUCAUGGUAGCUCAGCCAUUGCUGAGCGGCUGGAUGGAGGAGGGGGUGGCCAGGACCACAAUGGGGCCCGUGACUCUGACUGGAGCCUGGGGUGCCUGGAGCCACCAUAAACUGGGGAGUGGGGGAGUUCAGAUAGUCAGCUUAAGAGAGUGUGGGAUGCCAUCAGGACAUCUCAGAGGCAGUGUCGGGCAAUGGACAGGUGUUGGGAGAUCCAGAUGCGACCAGUGGGGGCAGAGGUCAGAGGCAGCCCUUUAAGUGGAAUUGGGAAGACCACUCUCCCAUGCCUGAACACGGCCAGCAACAGUAACCAGGCAUCUCCACGUGCCAGCUUGGACCAGGUGCUGCACACCCUGGUAUAAAUCCUGUCUGCACAUCAGGAAUGGCGUCCUUGGCCGCUAGACAGGUAAAGAGACUAAGGCUUAAGUGGCCCAAUGUCACACAACCAGGACGUGGCCAUGGUGGGGUUUGAACCUAGUCCUCUGAUGUCCCAGCUGGGGGCCUGGGGUGGGGGUGGGUGGGGGGAGGUGGUGAGCAGGCCCUGGGGGCUGACUACAGCCCAGGGCAUCAAUUCCCAGAGAGGCUUCAAUACCUGCGGGUGGGGGAGCGGCAGGGCUCACCGGAGCUUCCAGGCAAAGGGGAAAGUGGCGAAUCAUCCAGAAGCACCAGGUGUAGAGCAAGCUGCCUUCCCUCCCAGGUGCACAGCUUUCUGCUAAGCAGGAGAGGAACCAGGCGAAGGGCCCUGCAUGCAGGGCAGGGGAGGGCAGUGAGAGCAGCUGCUACUGAAAGGAGACCGAUGUCCUCUGGCCGUGGGGUGGGACUGACAGACCUCGGACUCUGCUUCUUGGCUGACAGGCAGGUGAGGAAAGUGAGUCCCAUCUCAGCAUGAGGCGGAUGAAGCCUGCUGUGGCAGGCAAGGCGUUUUAGGUCCCCGGGCCUGGGGGGUUCUGGAAAGAGGCGCCAGGUGGAUGUGCCUACCACCCUUCUUGAAGGCGUUCCACAGCUCAAGAACUGACUACACAUCCCUCUCUCUGCCUGCACAGAAGUCCACCUUCUCUUCCUCGUUCUGCCCAGCCACUUAGAGCCACGGGGCUUGUUCUUUCAAACCAAGUUCAGGUGGAACUCAAAAAUGUAUUUUUACAAAGAUAAAAAGUAGUAUCUUAAACAUAAAUUUAUUAUUAUUAUUAUUAAAAGAUUUAUUUAUUUAUUUGACAGAGAGCACACAAGCAGGGGGAGCAGCAGAGGGAGAGGGAGAAGCAGACUCCCCGCUGAGCGGGGAGCCCGAUGCAGGGCUCGAUCCCAGGACCCUGGGAUUAUGACCUGAGCCGAAGGCAGACACUUAACCAACUGAGCCACCCAGGCGCCCCAAACAUAAAUUUAUUUUUAAAGUUCACAUUCUCAACAUCUUCUUAGCAUUAAGUCCAUCAAGAAGAGCAGUGGGGGUGCCUGGGUGGCUCAGUCGAUCCUGGGCUCGAGUCCCGCGUCGGGCUCCCUGCUCGGUGGGAGGCCUGCUUCUCCCUCUCCCUCUGCCUGCCACUCCCCUGCUCGCGCGCUCUCUCUCUCUCUCAAAUAAAUCUUAAAAAAAAAACAAAACCAAAAAACCCAGCAGGGAACACACGUUUGAACUGGGGGCUGGGAUAGAAACCACCAUCUUAUGUCAGCCUCAGAGAUCAGUUUCUCUCCGUGUUUGAUUUCAGUAACACAGGACCAUGUGACCCCCGACUGUCACAGAUAAGUGGUUACAAGUGGUGGCAGUGUUUCUGAAGGCCACCUUGCAGUCUCGUUCAUUCACAGGGACAGCAGGAGAAGUCUUAUUUCAAGCUCAGCACAAACCCAGUUCUCUGGACACAUGUGUCAUAAUUUGGUGUUAUGUCCAUUUGAGUCUGUGUGUGGUUUUUUAUUUUAUUUUUUAAAAAGAUUUUAUUUGUAUUUGUCAGAGAGAGCGAGCACAGGCAGGGGGAGUGGCAGGCAGAGGGAGAAGCAGGCUCCAGCUGAGCAGGGAGCCCGAUGUGGGACUUGAUCAUGACCUGAGCUGAAGGCAGACGCUUAACGGAUUGAGCCACCCGGGGGUCCCUGUGUGUGUUUUUUUAAAUUGGGCUCUUUAUAAUAACUAAAAAUAUGAAAAGAACAGAGAGGGAAAGCAAGAGGAAGGAAAGGAAAGGAGGAAGGGAAGAGAAGGAAAGGAGGAAGGGGAAGGGAUGGGGGAGGGAACUCAUGGGGCUCCUUUGGGUUCUUGGUGACGGCAGCCUCCACCUCUGCCUCUCCCGGGAAGCCCGCCCUGGCUGGUCUAUCCCUACACAUCCUAGAGAUUCCCAGAGCCUCCUUUCGCCUAGCAUCUCUCUCAGCAAGUGAAUCUGGGCCACAUGCUCCUGAAAAGUCUCAGGAAUCCACAAUCCCCUCUUGGCUCCUGUGUGGACCUUCCAGGUACUCAGUCCCUGGUUCUGGGGCCGGGAAGAAGGCUCCAAGCAGGGGACAGGGACUAGGGGCUUCCCUGGGUCCUAUGGUGGUGUCUCCAGGGGUGAGAGGACUGGGGAACCCAGUGCCCCUGAAAUCCUGAGGUUUCUGUAGUUCCGGGUACCUUCAUUUCUGGGAACAUGCUAUGCUUUGGAAAGAGAGAAAUGAGAAGCAAAACCCUAGGGCCCAGCACCACCCCCCUUCCUGCCUUCCUUCCGCUGAGUCACAGCCAAGAGCCCAAUACCUCAGCCUCCUCUUGGGGCCACUUGGGUGGGGUGGAAUUCAGGGUCAUGUGAGGAUGCAGCAUCUGGGACAAGUCCUCUUUUCCCGCCAACAUCCUCUCUGAGGUUACUGAGGGCUGAGGCUACCUCCCAAGCUUGGGGAAGGGGUGACUGAGGUCCUUAUCUGUCCUCACUCCCCUCCCAUUGCCAGGCCCAUUGUUCACCUGUAAGCACUGAGCACCAACUGUAAACCAAGCCAGGGGGUGGGGUGGUUUAGCUGGGGCCUAUCAUUGAGGAACUCGUGAACUUGGACAGGGACUCUGGACAGGCCUCCAGUGCGUGGCUGGGUCCUUAGGUUUUCUCUGGUCAGCAAUGGGGAACCAUGGGAGCCCUUAGGCUUUGGGGGAACCAGGCCACCUUAUACACACACAUUGUAGAGACCUGUACACCCUUACACAGGGACCCACAUGCACGUGCAUGUGCAUAGGUACGGGACUUGAGCACUUGGGUCCAUGUCCAUGAUCACAGGUGUCCGUGCAGGGCCUCCCAUGGUUGGGGGAGUUCUAGGCUCUGGGACCCAGGUCAGGACCUCGUGUGCGUGUGUGUGGGGGGUGACACCCUGUCUUGGAGGUCCAACCACUGUCUCUGAGUCAUGGGAGCCCAUGGGAGCUUGAGUUCUGUGCCCCCAUUUCAUUGGAAAGAAAGCUGAAGUCCAGAGAAGGUCCAUGCCUCAGCCAGGAUCACAUAGCAAGUUAGGGGAGAUCUGGGAGGGGAGGGAGCCAGACCCGGGUGCCUUGCCUACAUCCCUAACCUCUUUGACCUGGCACUUGGGGCUUGACACCCCCUGACAACCACACUGCAUUAAACUGGGAGAUGAGAUCGGUGAUUCUCCCAGCAAACUCACCUGAGGACCAAUCCCAGGGUAUUCCCGCUUUAUGGACCAUUGCCAGGGGUUUCCUAGACACCACAUCUCUGGUUGGGCUGUCCUAGAUUCUUAGAAUGCUCUCUCUGCCUCUCCCUCUCCCUCUCUAGUCCCUGAAUGAAACCCAGACUUCCAUAUUCCAGUUAAAUGCUUCCUCCACCUUCUCUGGCCCCAUGGAAGGUUCCCCUGUCUCUGGAUUCCCCUGAGUGUCUCUCCCCUUACUUCCACCUUCUGUUCACCCACCUACUAAACAUAAAAUUGAUGUCUAGAGGCCUAGGCUGGCAGUGGAGAGUGCUUGAGGCAGGGACAGUGGGAGCCACACCCAGGCCAGCCCAGCCCUUCAGACUUUGCCUGUGGUGGAGAUGGGCCUGGAGCUAGGACAGGAAACUGCAUCACCUGCCCCCAGCUCUGCUCCUUCUCUGAAGGCCCAGCAAGGCCCUGUGUGACCUCUGAGGGAGGAGAAGACUGCCGGCUGACAGAGCAGGCCUGGGGCACUGCACUCGAGGCAAGAUGGGCCCCUCUGAGUUUGCCAUUCCGGGUUGUGUUUAUUCCUCUGCGUCCGGAGCGCCCCUCCGAGGUGCGCCAGGCCUGUGCCUGUGUUUGGCCAGAUGAAGGGUGGGGGCUGACGACGUGUACAGAGCCCUCAGGUAUGGUGGGUGCUGUUCUUCCGUUAAAUGGCCCCGGACCAAGUUCUCUGCUCCUUUGCAGAGCUCUUCCCUUCCACUUGGUCUCGGGAAGGGGGCAGAGGGGCUGCCUUUGCCCCACGAGGCUGCAGGCCCCAUCGCCACCUGGCCAUGUCCUCGCUCCUCCUCACCCCUAAGAGCUAAGAACUCUGUCCAGGGCGACAGCGGGUGGCUUUGCUGGGUCUCCGGGAACGGACCCAGCUGGCCCAGCCUCUGGAACGGCCGACUUGCAUCCAGCCUCUCGUGCAGAGGGUCCAGCGCAGGGGAGGACAUCAGGAUCUUGCCUGUGCACCUGGCUUGGGGCCCUGGAAAAAGUUCGGUGGGUUCUGGGGGGUAGAGGGGGUAAAACUCACAGUCAAGAGGAAGGUGGUUUUCAGUUUCUCACGCCUCAUUUCCUCCCCUGGCUCUUGGAGGCCCAUGCCCCUCAUGAAAAGUUAGCUUUGCUGCUUAUCUAUUAUACAGUGUUCGUUGUUAUUUAUUAUACAGGGGGAUGGCCUAACUGGUUCUUGCUGAUGCAUGGGAAAGUUAAUUUCUGUAUAUUCUGUAUAUUCUGUAGAUUUCUUAUAACUGGCCACUUCUUGGUUUCUCUUAGAUCUGUUGUUUGUUGCUUCUCUUGGAUUUUUUUUAAGUUAAAUUUUAGUUAAAUAUACAAUGCGAUAUUGGUUUCUGGAGUAGAAUUCAGUGAUUCAUCACUUACAUACUACAACCCCCAGUGCUCAUCACAAGUGCCCUCCUUAAUGCCCGUCACCCAUCUAGCUCAUCCCCCGCCCACUUCCCCCCAGCAACCUUCAGUUUGUUCUCUGUCGUUAAGAGUUUCUUACAGUUUGUUUCCCUCUCUCCCUCUUUUCUUUUCCUCCUUCCCAUAUGUUCAUCUGUUUUCUUUCUUAAAUUCCACAUGAGUGAGAUCAUAGGGUAGCGUCUCUUCGAUUUUCUACAUUGAUGUUUUACUACUGAAAAUAAUGACAUAUUUGCCUUUUCCUUUCUAAUAUUUAUAGCUCUUAUUUAUUUUCCUUGUCUUUUGGCUUGGCUAACAUCUUCAAUAUAAUACUGAAACAUAGUGAUGGCUAGAGCACUUGUGUCUUGUUUCCCACACAGGGAUUGAUGCCUCUGGUGCCUCCCUAUCAAGUGUACUUGUUUGGAUUUUGGAGAGAGAGAGACAGUCUUUCUCUAGUUAAGGAUGGCUCCAUCUACUCCUGGCUGACUCCGCUUUGCUCGUUUAUUUUAUCUUAUUAAUUUUUUAAAAAGAUUUUAUUUACUUAUUUAACAGAGAGAGACACAGCGAGAGAGAGAGAACACAAGCAGGGGGAAUGGGAGAGAGAGAAGCAGACUCCCUGCUGAGCAGGGAGCCCGAUGCGGGGCUCGAUCCCAGGACCCUGAGAUCAUGACCUGAGCCAAAGGCAGAUGCUUAACCGACUGAGCCACCCAGGCGCCCCUGCUCAUUUAUUUUAGAAGCUUCUUUAUUUGCAUCAUUUGUGUAACAAACCUUCAGUGAAUGUUUGCUGUCAGGCCUACCCUUGGUACCAGAGGAUGAAGGAAAAAUUGACACAGACGCUGUCCAUAGGGAGCUCACGGCCUAGUGGAGGACAGAGGCAAGUAAACAGGCCCUUGUCCUUGGGCCACAUGGCCUGCACUCGACGGCAGUCUGCUCAGCACCAUGCGGGGCACUGGGGAUGGCCAGUAUUCAGAUAAGGCCCUGCUCCCUUGGAGCCCCUGGUGGAGUCAGAUCCUCUCCCACUGAAGUUCCCACCCAGUAGCUGCCGUGCUCAGCCUGAGGCCUUCUCUGAUGCACAGGGCAGCUUGGUCAGUGGCUGAAAGCCCAUCCCCUGGAGCAGCCCUAAGCCAGGGAAGGUGGGCAUUGGCUACCCACCCCCGCUUCCCCCACUCCUUGCUGGGGCAACAGUGAGGUGUGUUCUACUCCAUCUCUCAGCUGAGGACUGUGCCUCAGUGGCCCACGGAGGGAACCCACUCAUUAACACACCUGGCUAAUAAGUAUGCUUUCCUUCCUGCCUCCCCUCCCCUCUCCUCUACAUCAGGAACCGGGAAGGUUCUGAGAUUUUGCCCAACUCGCAGGCUAACAAGUUAGCCCCUUAUAUUCCCAAGGCUGCUGGCAGAAGGCACUAGACUCAUGGUUCAGAAAUAAGGAUCAGUUUGUUACAGUAACAGCAGGAUCAGCAUUUUGUUGCACCACUUCCCUGAACCCCAGUUCCCGCAGGGUGACCCAGGAAGCGCCAGAUGGUGCGUGCACAUGCAGUGGGUUUGCAUUACAGGAGAGGAGCCCUGGGGUCAGGGGCCUGAAUGUUUUAUAAUAGGCUGCCAGCAAACUUGCCAACCUUGGACUCAGGGGGAGCUACAGUCUUUGCUGUGCUGGACAAGAAAGAAAUCUGCCUUUUUCCCUAGAGGGAGAUACUGUCUCUGUUUUCUAAGGCUGUUUGGUAUAAUCAUCACCCUUGAAAGGAUUGUUUGGACAGGGAGUCAUCUCCUCCAAAGGCAAGGAUACAGAAAUGGGAGAGAACCAUGGAGAAUUGUCUCCCAACACCCUACUGGUGAGUCUUUUUUAAGUAGGCUCCAUGCCCAGUGUGGGGUCCAAUGCAGGGCUUAAACUCACGACCCUGAGAUCAAGACCUGAGCUGAGACCCAGUCGGACGCUGAACCAACUGAGCCACCCAGGCACCCCCCUACUGGUGAUUCUUGGCAUCACCUCUCAAAUAAGCUACUUGUAUUUGGAUCCUUGUCUUAGGGCCUAUUGCUGGGGGAAACUCUUCCCCAGCCCCCUACCUCUGGCAGGGAGAUGACCCUAAAAGGACAUUAAUGGAUUUCUGAUGUGACUCUCCUUUCCCCAGACUGACCUGCCCUGCAAAUAAUUCAGGGGAGCACAUGAAGGAAGAAGAGGUUGCCUCACCCAGAAUCAAUACUGUCGUGACCCUGAGGGAGGUGCUCUAAAGGGCUCUUAGGGUUUCUUUUUUCAUGUUUAAAUAUUUAACAUUUAGGGUGGUUGCCUCUGUGACAUAGACAUUGGACUUUUCUUUUUUUCCAAAGCAUUCCAAUACCACGUAUUGGGUAUUGUGCCUGGUCUCUUAGCGCUCUUUGCUCAUCUGCCUGGGGCCUGUCGUUUAGAUCGUAUCACAAACACACAAACGAUCAAUUCACAAUAAAUGGACUAAGAACACAUGGGCAUCACCAACCCUGGGGAUUUGACACUCAGCACUGACACAGUGUGAGACAGACCCAAACACCAAACAUCCACUCAUGGUGACACCAUUUGGGCCCCGGGGAAGCGCAGGAAGGUUGUGACCCUGCCUCAGAGUUCACAGAGGAUGUGAAUGUGAAUUGGGAAGGUUUACUUCUAUAAAAAUAGUUAAUAGUGAAUAAAAGUUUCAAAAAGUUAAAUAAAGUUUUAGUUUUAAAUCUUUUUAAUUUAAAUGUUGACAUUAGUUCAUUGUAACUUGUAAUGUAUAUUUUGCCUUUUAAUUUUACUAAUUUUGAUUAUUGUUAAAAUAGCUUUGUGGAGUAUAUUUUAAAUACAUGUCAGUUUUUAUUUAUUUAUUUAUUUAGAGAGGGGCUGCGGGGAGGGGCAGAGGGAGAGAGAGAGAAUCUUAACGGGGAGCCUGAUGCAAGGCUCAGUCUCACAACCCUGAGAUCAUGACCUGAGCUGAAAUCAAGAGUCAGAUGCCUAACCGACUGAGCCACCCAGGUGCCCCAAUACUUUUCAAUUUUUAAAUAUAUUUAAUUUAAUUUAUAUUUUUGUGCUCUUUGAAUAUAUUUCACUUUAAAUCAUUACUGCCAAUAGGACAGUAAUUAUAUGAAAAAUCUUGAUUAUAAUAACAUAGCCAAUAGUUUUACUGGAAUAAAACAAGAACAGUGAAUGUUACAGAACAAAUAUAUAAUACUUUAUGAACUCGGUAUGUCUUUAUUUUCUUACUCAUCUCAUACCCCUGAACGCCUUGGACAUGAGCAAUAAUCAUGAAACUCAAUCAUCUUUGAUAUCUGACUUUCUGAUAUAUAUAUAUAUUUUAAAGAUUUUAUUUAUUUAUUCAUGAGAGACAGACAGAGAGAGAGAGGCAGAGGGAGAAGCAGGCUCCCAAGGAGCAGGGAGCCCGAUGGGGGACUCGAUCCCAGGACCCUGGGAUCACGACCUGAGCCAAAGGCAGACGCUUAACCAUCUGAGCCACCCAGGCGCCCUGACUUUCUGAUAUUUUUAUGUGACUUCCAGACAUAGAAAAACUACAGAUUUAUAGAUUUUGUAUUGUUAUGAAAGUUUCUUUACUGAAUAGGAGGAUAGAACAUAUUUUAUUAGCAGUCCAUAGCUUGAUUUAUGAUGUAAUAUUUAGAUUCUGGGGGCACCUGAGUGGCUCAGUCGGUUAAGCGUCUGCCUUCGGCUCAGGUCAUGAUCCCAGGGUCCUGGGAUCGAGCCCUGCAUCGGGCUCCCGGCUCUCCCUCUCCUUUUGCCGCUCUCCCUGCUCAGGCUCUCUCUCUCUGUAUCUCUCUGUCUCAAAUGAAUAAAUAAAAUCUUAAAAAAAUAUUUAGAGGGCGCCUGGGUGCCUCGGUCGUUAAGCAUCUGCCUUUGGCUCAGGUCAUGAUCCCAGGGUCCUGGGAUAGAGCCCCGCAUUGGGCUCUCUCCUCAGCGGGAAGCCUGCUUCUCCCUCUCCCACUCCCCCUGCUUGUGAUCCCUCUCUCUCUCUGUCUCUCUGUCAAAAUAAAUAAAUAAAAUCUUAAAAAAAAUAUAUGUAGAUUCUGUAAUGUGGGACUCCAUGUGUCCUUUUGCCCAGAGCACUACAGGCAUCAGGCCUGAGCUCUGGUGGGAAAAGCAGACGUGUCUAUGGGUACUUCUUUUUUUUUUUUUUUUUAAGAUUUUAUUUGCCAC